UAUAACAAUUACAAAUUAGAUAUAGAAUGUAAGAAGCAGUUGGUUGGUGGUGGUGGAGGCAGAACUCUCCGAGUCGUUUUGCUGCUGGUGCCUUAGGGUCUCCUCCCUUGCUUUUCAUUUGAAAAAUGCUCGAGAUAUUCAUUUUGGAAAAGAGAGAAAAGCUAAUCCCUUGAGGGCUAGGGCUUGCGCGAGCGAAAAGAAAGAAGAAUCUCCAGUUGAAGCUUGAGCAGAGUUCUAGAGAGAAGAAAGGAGCUCCUUGGUGCCACUUACUUGGAGUGAGGUUGACAGACCGGUGCACGUGUGGAGGAGCUUGAAUCGAUAACAAGGAAGUAAAGAUGAUCGGAGGGAUGUAGAUCAAAAGAAAGGGAGAAGCGUCCGACUAUGAAGCGUAGCAAGCAAGGGGAAGCAGAACAAGGGCAGAGAAUGAUGAAUAACUGCUUGAUUGUUCACAUCCCGGACAAGCUGCCGUAUGACCUUCACCACCAACCCACUGAGAGUGUUUUUGCUUCUGCCAUCAACCCUAAGCAUGCCAACCAAAUUGUGAGGCGUUUGAAUCAGAUAGCACCGCUAGAUGAUCUCCGUCACGUGAAACGAAUUCAAAAGAAAGUUCUUGAAGGAGGAGAAAUACAGCUAUUGGUGAUCUUGUGCUUGGCCUCUGAAGGCAACGAUCAGCUGGAUAGUAUGCCACCCCAUCUUCAGGAGUUGAUUAGUUCCUAUCAGUUGAGUCCUUUUAUCACAAAAGUCUGCAAAUAUGUUGCAACAUCAAAAGAAGAGUGGCAAGAACAAUGCAAAUUUUGGCCAACAUCAUAUCACCCAAGGACAUACAACAUUGAUGGCAUUACUGGAUUUAGCGAGGAGGACUCACAAUCAGUUUUGAAGUUUAUGCAAUCGGCUGUUGAGUUAGCAAAAUCUAACGGCUUGUUAGUCAAUGCUGCAGUGAUAGUGGAUCCUUCAACUGAGGAAAUCAUUUCAAGUGCAUGUGAUCAGAUUUAUUCUUGGAACUCUUGCAUAGAUGACAGCUGUAAUGGAAAGCCGGAAUCAUUUUGUUCCCAUCUCAAUAUUUCUUGUAGAUGUGAUCCCCAUGAACCAUUGCAUUCAAACAGUUCCUCCAAUAGGCUGCUCAAACAGCCAUGUACAGGUGCUGCUUGUUUAUAUACUCGGCAAUGGGCUGAGCAACCACGUCAUUCACACAGUUCAUAUUAUUGGCACCCUUUGCGACAUGCUGCCAUUGUAGCUAUAGAAUCAUCUGCUGCCAGGGACAGAAACCUUUUUCCCAGCGAGCGGAGCAAUGAAGCAAGUUAUCAGGAAUUGGAUAGUGAGAAUGCUUCUUGGACUAGCUCUCCUGCAAAGAGACAGAAAACUGUGUAUGGAAAUGGUGAGGAUGAUGAUAAAUUGAAUGCUUGCAGUCAGCCCACUGGGCAGCAGUCAGCGCGACCGUACUUAUGCACUGGCUAUGACAUAUAUCUUGUUUGGGAACCAUGCGCAAUGUGUGCAAUGGCCCUUGUCCAUCAGAGAAUUAGACGAAUAUUUUAUACUUUUCCAAAUCCUAAUGCGGGUGCCUUGGGCAGUGUUCACAGAUUACAAGGAGAGAAAAGCUUAAACCAUCAUUAUGCUGUUUUCAGCGUUUUGUUACCUGAAGAAGGCCUUGCAUGAGUGUCAGGUUUAAGUUGCAGAGACUAUUUAUUUCUGAUUUUUGAAUGGCACUUUUUUCUAAUUCUUUGGGCAACUUUCUGAUAUUAGUGACAAGUAAGAAAUGCGAACGAAACUUUUUUCCAAUUUUCGAACAGUUUAUCUAAAAAAACUUAGUUGAAAUUUGUUGAAAAUGAAAAUUGUGGAA